AUCUGUGAUUUAAAAUUUGCCAGCUGGGCGGUUCCGAUAUUUAUUUUCAUAAUUUUAAAAUCAAAAUAUUUCCCUAUAAACAGUAUUGUAGAUAUUCGUAGUUCUUGCCAUAAGGAGCUCAAGCCACAACGUUUAAUGUUCGAGCCGGUCGGAGCUGAGACGUGUACCGCACACAUAUUUAGACCAACCGCAGUCUGGCUCGUGCGCCGCGCGUCACAUAAGGGCGUGUGGCCCACCGAAUAAGUGUGUGGAGCUGAUGGCGUGUCCACGCGUAUCUGGUGCAGAAAGGAGAGCGCAGUGAGCAGGGGCGAAGGGCGAGGGGAAGGCUCUAUAUGGCCAAGAGUCACCAUGAAGGUGGAUGCUGACGCCAGGGAAGCGCCCGCCGCACCGCCCGCUGCACCCGGAACGCCGAUCGCUAGUAAUACAGAAUCACCUGUAUCCUCUCUGGACGAUUACCGGCUAGAGUCGGUUGAGCCGCCUCCGUCUGAGGUGAUCUCGACGCCCGACCGGGCGUUGUUAGCCAAGCUGGAGGAAGAGAACAGACGCAUCGAGGCGGACGCCAAGUGCCCCUCGCUCACCACCGUGCACAGCCGGAAGAGCUCUGAUACUUCCCAAGUAUCGCUAGCCUCUGCUACAAGUUCAAGUCACGACGCGGAGGCUCGAGUCAGCAACAGUGCAAACGGUGAGGAAGACCUAUGGAGUCUCUGGGGACGUAUCGUCAGCAAUUGGGAGACGGAGUGGAAACGACGCAACCAGUUCGUGCGAGAUCUGGUGCGCCAAGGAGUACCACACCACUUCAGAGGCAUCGUAUGGCAACUGUUAGCGGGAGUCGACACCUCUCCCGAAAAGAAACUCUACGCUUCUUAUAUUAAAGCGAAAUCAGCAUGUGAGAAGGUGAUUCGUCGUGACAUAGCUCGCACGUAUCCGGAACAUGAUUUUUUCAAGGAGAAGGAUGGGCUGGGCCAAGAAUCCUUGUUCAACGUGAUGAAGGCAUACUCCCUGCAUGAUCGCGAGGUGGGCUACUGCCAAGGCUCCGGGUUCAUCGUGGGGUUACUGCUUAUGCAGAUGCCAGAAGAAGAGGCUUUCGCGGUGUUAGUGAAGAUAAUGCAACAACAUCGCAUGCGGGACAUGUUCAAGCCAAGUAUGGCGGAGCUCGGACUCUGCAUGUUCCAGCUCGAAAACCUCGUGCAAGAACUGCUACCUGAUCUGCACGUGCAUUUCCAGUCGCAGAGUUUCAACACUUCUCUUUAUGCCAGUAGUUGGUUCCUGACUCUCUUUACUACUACACUAACUUUGCCGCUUGCUUGCCGAAUCAUGGACGUUUUUCUGUCGGAAGGAAUUGAAAUAGUAUUCAAAGUGGCCCUCGCUUUACUUACGGUGGGCAAGAACGACUUGCUGUCGCUCGAUAUGGAAAGUAUAUUAAAAUACAUACAGAAGGAACUGCCGUCGAAAGCCGAGGCCGAUCAGGAUGCGUUUAUGAACCUCGCAUAUUCAAUCAAAGUUAAUCCAAAGAAGAUGAAAAAGCUAGAGAAAGAAUACACUGUGAUUAAAACUAAAGAACAGAGUGAUAUAGCUGUAUUGAGGUGCCUGCGUCAGGAAAAUCGUCUAUUGAAGCAACGAGUAGAACUGCUCGAAAAGGAGAGUUCUGGGUUGGCUGAAAGACUGGUACGGGGUCAAGUGGACCUCGCAGAAGGUGAAGAGGAGACGUUUGCCCUGGCCCGAGAGGUGCAGGCUUUGAGGAGGGCUAAUGUCGACGCACAACAACGUCUGGCAGUCGCCCAGGACGAGAUACGGUCGCUUGAAAUGACCAUCGCUGAGAACAACUCGCGGCAGUCGUCAUUGGAAGGUAUCGAAGGUACCAGUAGUCAGAAAGGCGAGGAACUGGCUCGGUGCUUACAAAGGGAGUUAGUGCGGGCAAGGCUUCACGCAGCUGAACGCGAGGCAGCUGAGCGGGAACUCACCGCUCGUAUCGCUGAGCUUGAGAACGAAAACAAGAGUCUCAGGAGACAGCGAGUUGAUAAUAAUGUCGCCCAUUUACAGGACGAAUUAAUUGCUGUGAAGCUGCGCGAGGCUGAAGCUAAUUUAUCGUUGAAAGAUCUGCGGCAACGCGUGACGGAGAUAUCUGAAGCGUGGCAGCGACACCUACAGGAACAUAGACAAGAGGCUCCGGCUACGCCAGUGCAGUCGAACGUAGUGUCCGACAUAAUGGCGACGCCUAAGAAGUUGUUGCGCGCCUGGGAAGGACGUUCUGGUGACGUGCAGAAGUUGGAGGAGGAACUGAUGACCACUAGGAUUAGGGAAGUCGAGGCACUGACUGAGCUUAAGGAGUUAAGACUGAAGGUUAUGGAGCUGGAGACCCAGGUGCAAGUGUCGACGAACCAGCUGCGGCGACAGGACGAGGAGGCGCGCCAACUGCGCGAGAACCUCGACGCGGCGCUGCAACGCGAACGAGUGCUGCAAACUCGUCAGAGGGAGUUCCAGCAUAAAUAUGCUGAUCUGGAGAGCAAGGCUAAAUACGACUCCAUGCAAGCAAACAUCCGAAACAUGGAGGACGCUCAGAGAAUAGCCGAGCUGGAGACUGAAGUGUCGGAAUAUAAACUAAAGAAUGAAGUGAUGGCCACUGAGGGUGAGCUUCGCAAUAACAUGGACGGUGACUCCGACGGGAUCCAAGAGUUACAGGAGCAAGUCGCUGUACUGAAGGCUGAGGUCAUGAGACUAGAGGCGUGGAAAUCCCGGGCCUUGGGCCAUCCGGAACUAAGCUGUGCUGUGUCUUUCGAAGAUGAUUUAGAGGAGGACGAGAAACUUAAACUAAUCCUACGACGCGAAUCUUCCACAUCCUUUGACCUGUCCGCGAUGUCAAGAAAACCUACGUAACGAAUACUAUACACAUAACUGUAAUCAUCAACUAGGUUUGUAGACCUCCUGUACACGUUAUAUUUUCGGGUCCACCCUUUAUAGCGGAACUUUUUAUGUCGUGAUAUUAUUUUGCAUAACAGCGCGUAGCAUAAACUUCAUUUCGCAGAAAAUCGGUUGGCAUACAUUCAUUUAUAAUACAUUAAAAUCGCAUAUUUUUCUAAGAUAGAAUUAUCUUUUGGCAUAGACUUCACUAACUUUUGUAGUACAACAUAUUGACUUUUUCAGAUAAUAUGUUAUUUUUGAUAAAUACAACCUGGGAUUUUCAAGGUCACUCUGACCUUUACAAUUCUGAAUAGGUACUUGCUAAGUCUGUGUGCUCCACCUUAGGCCACAUUUUCGCUUCGCUUUUAAGAAUAUGAUUGCAUUUUAUAGCAACGACAAUAAUAUAAAAUUUGGAAUACCAAAUGGUUAUGCGAUAUAUAUAUUAGUUUAAAGAAGAUUAUGCUAAGUGUGUUAUGCCAAAUAAAAUUUGGAGCAUCAAAAUUCUUCCAGAUAGAGGGAACCCUAUAUUUUCACCACGUCAUUAUUUUUAUUUCUUUAUUCUUGUUCGUUGCUACCAGUAAUGUACAGGAACAGCUCAGAUGACGUUCCUCUCCCGUAUUCGCUUAAGUAACAGGGUUGUUUCUCGUCUCCCAUACUUCAUAGUGGCUCCCAUUGACCGCGGAAUUCUCAAUUAUAUUGUUUUACAGUAGUUGUGCUAGACAUCUUUAUACAAUUUAUAGACAACAUAGCUGUAGAUCGAAAUACAAUCAAUAAUAAUCUAGGCCGCUUAGACUCGUUAGUAUCGACAGUGCCGGUCUCCUGCUGCCAACUACGUUGUAAAGCAUGUACUCAAAAUAGUGGAUGUACUUUUAGGCGAAACUCAGGCUUAUCUGACCGAAAAGUAUAGCCGUCAUUUUGAUACUAUGCACUAACAUUGAUGCACAUUAUUAGUAAUAGUAAGAAUAAUUUAAUAUAUGGUUGUAGUUGAGACAUACAGGUAGGUAGAUUUAAUAUACACGUAGUUUUAUUUUAGUCUAUUGAUUAUUAUUGGGUAGAAAAUUAAUUCUUCUAGAAACACGUGGUUAAUAACAGUUAUAAUUAAACCAUACUUUAACUAGGCAACGUCAUUAUAGCCUUCUCAUAAUAUAAUAUCUAAUGAAAAUUUUCACAGCAUUUCCUUUCUACCUGGCCCAGCAAUAUCGGUAGGUAAUGAUAACGACAAAAAUCGAUCGGUAUCUUAUAAAGUUUCAACCUUGUCAUAAAGUUGAAAAUAUUGAUUUUUGUUGCUGUCAUUGGCCGGGCUUCCAGGGCUGGUCAGUUGUGGAUACUGACCGCGGUAGCUCAGACCCUGUUCCCAAGUCAAGCUAACUUAUGUAUAAUUUUAAAGUAACCUUAUAAAAUAAUAAUGACACACAAAUUGGUAACUUUGAUCUCAUAUACCCUUAUCCGUGUUAAAGAAGUAAGGGUCUCGUUAAUUUAAAAGUUCUGGAACAAGCUAUGAUUGACUAAUCGUACAAUCGUUUUGUACAAUUGAAUAUACAAUAUGGAGACUACUCAUAUGAUUUAAAUGAAACUACAAAUAUUACUAGUCUACAGAAGCAUAAUACAACUAAAAAUUUCAACGAAAACAGACAUUUUUAAAAUUGAAAUUUUCAAAUAAUUUAUUAAAUUAAUCAAGUAUAUUCUGUGUGAACAGCUUAAGGAUCCUUGAUCACAGAAGAGCUGUAAUAUUGUAGAUUGUUUCGCUCAUUUUUCGUAUAUUUUCAGCCAAGAUGAUAACAAAUAUGUGGUUUAAAUUAAGUCAUAAGAGUUUUCCCCAUACGGUAUAACUGCGUACGGUUGCAAUGAUGUAGUCCAUCUGAUGGCAGCCUAAACUUUUUGUAGCUGUGUAACAACGGACUAUGUUAUCUUCCCAAAUUAAAUAAACACUUCCGUAGUAUCAAUGAAAUGAUUGAAUUCGCUUGCAAAACUAAAGCAUUUCUUAACAAACAUUCCAACAUGUAAUUCUUCUUAUUUAUUAAUGAAAGUAUUUACUGUGAGUAUUGCGAUAAAUAUCGUAGAAUUUAUUUUCUUAAAUAUUAGUUACAUUAGUUAUGUGGUUGAGUAGCUGAGUUCGACGUUAUUUUAGGUGAUGAGACAGAGAAGGCACCCAAGUAUUCUCGGCAAUAUUACGCGUACUUAUUUUAUUAAUGCUUACUUAUAUAGGUUCUAAGAAGUAUUUUAAAUAAAUUCAUAAUAUGUAUUAAUUUAUUAUUGUAAAAUACUCAACAUAUUGUUAAACAUUAUGUUACCCGUUAAGCUUUCCGUGUGAUGAUUUAUCCUUAAACGGAUAGAGGCUGCUUGAUAAGUAACUACGUACGUUUGUUGUAGUUAUUUAAAAACACAAACAACCAGUUCGACACAACUCGCAGAUCACUUAGUUGUGUUUAUAAUAGUGGCACUUUCACUUAGUUUUUCAAAUCUCUUACAAAUAAUUUUAUUUGUCAAUUUUAUCUGAGUAUGAAAGCUUCGUUUUAGUUAGGAAAUAUUAUCAGAAUAAGAUGAAAUCCGUGUAAUAUGUCGUCAUAGAUCUAAUUCAAUUAUAAAGUAAUGAAGCAGAAUUAUUAAUCAAACAAAACCUAAUAUGACGCAAAAUUACACGAAUGCGGGCAGGUAUUCCGGCAUAGGUAUUUAUUUGCAAGUAUUCUAAUUUCACUUUGGUAUAUUUACUGAUACCAGCUAUACCACGGUGAAUGUUUACGUUUUAUGUUUAUUUUUUGUUAAAUUUAUCAGAUAUCUAAGAGUAAUAUAUUUUAAUAUUAUGUCAAAUUUUAAUAUUAAACCGCUAUACUGCGCACGUUGUUCCAAAUGAUUCCUACCUUAUAAAUAUUAUUAAUUCUAUUUGAGUUAUUGUUAUGAAUGACAUAUUUUAUUGCGUGACUAUAUUAUUUAUUUAUCACAUUUUAUUGGCAGCUAUGACAAUUUACGUUUUCUGUAUUAUGUGGUUACUAUCAUUAGAAAAUAAUAUACACAGGUAGAACAACAAUCACGUGUUAAGAUUAAAAUGUAUUUUAUAUUGAUAUAUUGUAUAAUCAAUUCAGUCAUAUUUCAGUAUCAAUUAAUAAUCAGUAAUGUAAUUACUUGGAUCCAUAAUAAAUUUAAAUUAUACUAAUACAUUAUAAUAUCCCGUAGUUUAAGGUAAUACUGCAGUCUAAUAAGACGCCUAUCGAAUCGAAAGCAAUAAACGAAACGAAAAUUCCACACAAAUCUGUGUAGUAGUAGUGUACACCAACAUUUUUUACUUUUAUAUACUUACAUACAUACUUUUAUAUACAUUCUUGAAUAGUAAUUAUCUAGGAGAUAUAACAUAAUUGCAGCUUUACGAGAUUGUGUUUGCUCAAUGUCUUUACUUGCUAUAUCAUUUCUUUUGUAUUAUGUAUUUAUAUAUAAAAAAUAGUGUCAACUGUAAAGGAAUAAAUAUAGAAUGUCAUAGAAGGCAUUUUAUAUUUGUUCCUCUUAUAUUGAUAAACGAUUGUUUUAACAACAUCACACAAAUCUUUGUUAACGAAUAGUCUAUGCAACACCUGGAGACUAUUCUUGCACCAUGUUGUAUUACCAGAAACCAAUAUGACAGACAAUCACAGCAUACUGAAAUGCUUUACGAUCACUAAUUUUUUUACAUUUUACUCGUGACUUUGUGUAUUUUCAUAUUGUGUAUUGGAAAAUAAACUGAUAAUCUUGUAUUCAAUUUUUUAUUACAAAUAAAGACUUGUAACUCA